UAGUCUGGGCAAGUGCUGAUCUCUUUAUAGUCGUCUUUCCUGCUCCUAUAAUCUCUGUCCGAAAGAAAAAAAGGAUAUUUCAUGUAGAAUUUUGGUCCUGAUAUGUUAUCAUCAGGAAUACUAAAUGUUUUUUUUUCUACUCUUUUUUCUUUGAAAUAUUUUGUUAUGAUUACUGUACGAUUACUUGAUGGCAAAUGAUCCAAAUCGAAGAUAAUUGAGAUUUUGGUUUGAGUAGCUUUCUUUAUCAGGCUACACUUUCAUGUAUUUUUCCUCUCGGAUCAUAAUGAAGUGUUCUUUCGGGCACUCCAUUAACAAAAAGUAAGUUAUAAGCAUAUGUGUGCAUGUCACAGAUCCCAUUCAUUUUAGACUUGUUGGAAAGCCUCAUCGAGCUUUAAAAUCCUCACUCAUGUGCAAGCAAAUGAUCUUACAGCCAAAAUCAUCCAUGUCCUCUUUUGAUUGCAUCUUAUUUUACUUGAAGAGUUCAUAUAAGCUUUGUCUGAUUCCUUGAGUGUCAUAUUUAUCCAUGAUCGAGAGGCACUCACCAGUAAGCCUUGGUAUGAGCCUCAGGCUCUAACUGAAUCUGUUACGGUACAACUCACAUGACUGUAAUCCAAGUUGAGCCCAAGUUCUUGAGAAACUAGUAUAUAACAAUCUGAUGCUUUUACCGAUACACAUUUGUUAACAUUUUCUUUGUUGGUUUAUGAAGCACCUUGUUUAGUUCAUGGUUCACUGGUUUUGCAGUUUAAUUUCCAGAGGUGUGGCAGUGCCAAAAAGGGAUGUUAUUACGAUUAUUCAAAAGUUCAAUAUCCAAGUUAACAAUUUGACGCAAUUCUUGCCCCAAGAUCGUGUAUGCGAGUUUGCUAAGCUGACGCCAAUACAAUUAUUAGAAGAAACAGAAAAAGCUGUUGGUAAUCCUGACUUGCCAGUCCAGCAUCAAGAACUUAUUGAGAAAAGUGGUCAAAUCAAGAAACUUGAAGUGAGUGUGAGGCAGAAUAGAGAUACUCUAAAUCAGCUUAAGACCCUCAAUGCUGAGCUAGAGAAAGAUGUAGAACGUGUUCGCCAAAGGCAGAAACUUUUAGACUUCGUUGACUUGAUGAAAAAGAAACUUCCAUGGCUUAAAUAUGACAUGAAGAAAAUGGAAUAUAUGGAAGCAAAGAAACAGGAGACUGAAGCUAAGAAAAAGAUGGACAAAGCUGCUAAAAUUUUGAAUGAUCUUAAAAGGCCUAUAGAGGAAUGGAAGAAAGAGAAAGCAAUGCAUGAAUCAACUAGCAAGAAAAUAUGCAAUCAAGUAACUGACAAUGCAAAGAAACGCAUGGAAGUUUUUGAGCGGGAAAGUGAAAUGGUGGUGCAAGUGCGAGGAAAAUAUGCCGAAAUGGAAGAGCUAAGAAGGCACGAAGAAUCUUGUCAACAAAGGAUCACAAAAGCAAAAGAAGAUCUUCUUGCUGCUGAAAAGGAGCUUGCAGAUAAUCCAAUUUAUGAAGCUCCAACAGAUGAAAUUGAAAGAAUAGGUAAUCAAAUACUUGAGCUCCGAAUUAAUGCAAAUGAAGUGAAAUCUCAAAGGAAAGAGAAAGAAAAUAUCUUACUUCAGAAGAAAUUGAUCUUGAAGCAGUACAUUGACAGGUUAAAGGAGAUGGAAAACAAUAACAACAAACUUCUUCAAGCUUUACGAAAUUCUGGUUCAGAUAAAAUAUUCGAGGCUUACAAGUGGGUUCAAGAACAUCGAAGUGAGCUAAGGAAAGAAGUAUAUGGACCUGUUCUCCUUGAGGUAAAUGUUCCGGAUCUGCUUCAUGCCUCCUACUUGGAAAGGCAUGUGCCUAACUACAUAUGGAAGUCAUUCAUUACUCAGGAUUCAGCAGAUAGAGAUUUCCUAGUUAGAAAUCUUAAAUCAUAUGAUAUCCCAAUUCUAAAUUAUGUGGAAGGUAGAGGCAUCAAUAGAGUGCUCUUUCAAGUUUCACAUGAGAUGCGUGAGCUUGGUAUCUACAAUAGGCUUGAUCAAGUUUUUGAAGCUCCUGAUGCUGUUAAAGAUGUUUUGAUUAGCCAGGCUGCCUUGGAAAAAUCUUACAUUGGUUCGCGUGAUACUGACCGGAGGGCAGAUGAGGUGUCACGUCUAGGAAUAUUGGAUUUGUGGACUCCAGAGAGUCACUAUCGAUGGUCCAUGUCAAGAUAUGGUGGCCACAUCUCAGCAUUAGUCAACUCAGUCCCUCCCUCGCAUCUUUUCUCGUGCAGUGUGGAUGUUGGCGAUUUAGAAAAGCUCAAGUCUACGAAGGUUGAGCUAGAACAAGUGAUUGGGGAACUGGAAGGUAGCUUGAAAAUGCUUCAGGCACAACAGAGACAAUUAGAAGAUGAAGAAGCUAAUUUGCACAAACAACAGGAUCAAAUAACCCAAUCUUACAAACUUGCGAAGAAGAAGCGCUGUGACCUGGAACGUCUUGUUGUACAAAGGAGAUGCAAACUUGAUUCCCUCAACAAAGAGGAUGACCUGGAGUUAGGCACAAAAAAGCUUAUUGAUCAAGCUGCUAAGUUGACCGAGAAACGAUUCCAAAUGGCAAUUAAAAUUAAAAAUUCACUGAUUGAGGCAGUUUCUCUCAAAUGGAAAUGUGCUGAGAAGCACAUGAUGUCGUUGGAGCUUGAUGGAAAGAUCAGAGAAAUGGAGACUGAUCUCAAGCAACAUGAGAAGUCUGCUUUGGUAGCAACUACACAUUUUGGCAAUUGCAAAAAAGAAACUGAGCAGUGUAAAGAACAACUCCGUGAUGCAAAGCGUCAUGCUGAAUCUGUUGCAAUUAUCACUGAAGAUCUUGGUCAGGAAUUCUUGAAGAUGCCAGGUACAAUAGAGGAACUGGAAGCUGCAAUCCAAGAUAAUAUAUCUGAAGCAAACUCGAUUCUGUUUCUUAAUCAGAAUAUUCUUGAAGAAUAUGAAAAUCGUCAAUGCAAGAUAGAUGCCAUAGCAGCUAAACUUGAGGUGGAUGACAAGGAACUAAGUAGAUAUCUACGGGAGAUAGAUACUUUAAAGGAAAAUUGGCUUCCCACAUUGCGGAAUCUUGUUGCCAAGAUAAAUGAUACUUUUAGUCGUAACUUUCAAGAGAUGGCUGUUGCUGGCGAGGUUUCACUUGAUGAGCAUGACAUGGAUUUUGACAUGUAUGGAAUACUUAUAAAAGUGAAGUUCAGACAAUCUGGACAACUUCAAGUGCUGAGUGCCCAUCACCAGUCUGGAGGGGAGCGCUCGGUUUCAACAAUUCUUUAUCUUGUUUCACUUCAAGAUCUUACAAAUUGCCCUUUCCGCGUGGUUGAUGAGAUAAAUCAAGGAAUGGAUCCUAUAAAUGAAAGAAAAAUGUUUCAACAACUUGUCAGAGCAGCCAGUCAACCGAAUACACCUCAGUGUUUUUUGCUGACGCCGAAGUUGCUUCCUGAUCUGGAAUACAGUAAUGCUUGUAGCAUUUUGAAUAUCAUGAAUGGCCCCUGGAUCGAGAAACCUGCGAAAGUGUGGAGCGGUGGUCAAUGUUGGAGAGCGGUGAUGGGUUUGACAGGAGAAAGCGUAAGUUGAAUGUUACUGGCUUUGGUGAUGGAUCCCUUUAUGAAGCCUUCAAAGGCCUUCUCACAGUAGUUCACGUGUUUAAUUUGUAAAUGAAUCACAGUAGAGGUUUUGUGUUUUGGUGCAAUGCAGCAAUAUCAAUUGCAUUUGAAAUAAUUAAUUCUAACUUUUUAUUGUGCAUUUAAGUCUUGUAAGAUUUGCCGCAAGUUUAUUUGUGUGAUUGAUGCUGAAUUAAUGAUUGAUCAUUCAUUUUAA